AUGGCUUUGGUAGAGACUCGUAUCAAUUACUUCAACCCCCCUGCGGACGGAUCUAAACCGUACCAGUGGAUAACAGAGGGCUAUCCAGGUGGAGGUCCCAUGCGGAACUGGGAACCCCUCGAGCACGAUGUUCGGGUUCAAAACAUCCGCGGCCAGGAGACUGGUCCCGAGUACAAACUCGACACGACCGGAUUCGAGUUCCACCGCAUCCCAAACAAGGCCAAUGUCGAUUUCAACGAUGAUGAAGAUAUUAAAGCAAAGUACUAUGCCGAAUCGAUUGAGAACAUCAAGAACAUUACCGGAGCUUCAAGGGUUGUCAUUUUCGACCAUACAUUGAGGAAACCUCGUCCUGCUGGGACACCUGAAACACCCGAGAACAGGUCGCCCGUCAAGUUGGCUCAUGUCGAUCAGACCAACGAAUCCGCUAAACGUCGUGUUCAUCUACAUCUCCCUGAAUCAGACGUCCCGGGCCUCCUCUCGAAGCGGUUCCAGAUUAUUAACCUCUGGCGGCCGAUCAGCAAUGCUGCAUGGCAGCUUCCCCUUGCGCUAUGUGAUUUCCGGUCUGUCCAGAAUGGGGACUUUGUGCCUUCUACGCUCAAGUAUCUGGAUCGAGAUGGCGAGACAUUGGCUGUGAAGUAUAACCCAGAACACAAGUGGAAAUACUUGGCGGGUAUGACUCCGGAUGAAUUUGUUUUGAUCAAGUGCUUCGAUUCGGUGCAGGACAAUGGCAUUGCUACAUUCACUCCGCAUACAGCUAUUGAAGAUCCCACUACACCUUCGAAUGCACCUGAUCGCCAGUCCAUUGAGCUCCGUGCACUUGUUUUCUAUGACUAA